UUUUAACUCGUCGGCUGACUGAUGCCUUAGAAAAAAUCUAUCAAUCCUAGGGUGGAGUUUUUUUUUUUCCUCCACAAAGCAACUAUUUGCCCGGGACACGUGCGUGAACCUCUUCAAUUUGGCGCACUAAUCCUAAAAGGAGCCAUGAAGUGUUAAAUGGUAGAAACAGAGACAGCGGCGCUCAGACACCCGCACGCUGGGAGAGAGGGAGGAAACAGCGCUGCUCCAAUGCGUCUGUGCAACACAGGCUGAAGAAAAAAAAACUUAUCGAGUCACAAAACCAAAACCUGCGCUGCGCAAUUAGUGCGUGAAAAUCCACUUUUUCUCCAGUUUUGAAGAAAAUAAAUAAAGAAAUCAAGCUGGCUCAGUGCGUGUCUCAGCAGCCCACUUUGACAGGUGCUCCUCACCCCCUUUGGAGGACUGUCAACAGCAAGAGGAUGGCAUCAGAGCUGGCAAUGAGCAACUCCGACCUGCCCACCAGUCCCCUGGCCAUGGAAUAUGUUAAUGACUUCGAUCUGAUGAAGUUUGAAGUGAAAAAGGAGCCGGUGGAGCCCGAUCGCAGCAUCAGCCAGUGCAGCCGCCUGGUCGCCGGGGGAUCCCUAUCUUCCACCCCGAUGAGCACGCCUUGCAGCUCGGUUCCCCCCUCGCCAAGCUUCUCGGCGCCCAGUCCGGGAUCAGGGAGCGAACAGAAGGCACACUUGGAGGAUUUCUACUGGAUGACCGGGUACCAACAGCAGUUGAACCCCGAGGCUCUGGGCUUUAGCCCGGAGGACGCCGUAGAGGCGCUGAUCAGCAGCAGUCACCAGCUCCAGAGCUUCGAUGGCUAUGCCAGGGGGCAGCAGUUCGGCGGCGCAGCCGGGCCAGGAGGCGCAAUGGCCGGGGAGGAGAUGGGAUCAGCGGCCGCCGUGGUAUCCGCGGUUAUCGCUGCAGCCGCAGCUCAGAACGGGAAUCCCCACCACCACCAUCACCAUCACCACCACCACACAGGAGGACACCACCCCUCCUCCGGGUCUCAAUCCGGCGGCGGCAUGGGGGGAAACCACCAGCACCUGCGCUUGGAAGACCGGUUCUCGGACGAGCAGCUGGUGACCAUGUCGGUGCGGGAAUUGAACCGGCAGCUCCGGGGGGUAAGCAAGGAAGAGGUGAUCCGUCUGAAACAGAAGAGGAGGACACUAAAGAACAGAGGCUAUGCCCAGUCCUGCCGGUACAAACGGGUCCAGCAGCGGCACGUCUUGGAGGGAGAGAAGACACAACUCAUUCAGCAGGUGGACCACCUCAAGCAGGAGAUCUCCCGGCUGGCCAGGGAGAGGGACGCCUACAAGGAGAAAUACGAGAAGCUGAUCAGCACCGGCUUCAGAGAAAACGGAGGAUCCAGCAGCGACAACAACCCCUCAUCCCCGGAGUUUUUCAUGACGUCAAGAAAAUUCCUCCAUCUGUGAUAGAGAGUUGUGACUGCUCCGCCCCGCCACCCUGGAGUCUGAGAUAUCAUUACUCUGGAAUGCUGAUGUUCCAAAAACAACCUCUGGCACCCAGACUGCCAUAAAGCACAAAGUCUCAAAAGCGUCCCAACAGCGGCUUCACGGCAACCAAUCCACAGAAAACCCAAAGUCAGAAUUCAAUAAUAAAACAAUGAUGAUACAAAAUAUUAACAAAAGACUGAAAUCACUUUCAAAUUCUUCUACUACAACAACAACAACAACAACAACAAGGGAAGAAACACGGAAAUUAAAGAUCCUGGACUCUGGAAAAACACUUCUCCACCAUCUGUUUUUGCUAUUCAAAAGGACACGAAUCAUCCCUUGAAAUACCUCCAAAUUGUAAUUUAGAUUUACCAGAGUAUCAAUUAUUAAUACAUAGGUUGAAUCAAAUGACUAAGAGAAAAAAAAAGAUCUCCACACCCCUUUAGCACAUGCCCAGAAAUCAGGACAUUGUAAAUAUUGUACAGAAAAAACAAAUAGGGACAUUGAUAAGAAAUAAAAUUAUUGCAGAAUAUUGUAUAUAGCCAUAAGAAUCAUACCUCUAGUGUGUUUAUAUAUCCAUGAAUGUCACAUGCCCAUUACUCGUUAUUUUAUUUGAGCCCAUAAAGAUUUAACCAACGCUCUCUGUAUCUCAAUAGGAAACAUCAACAUCCACGUAGAACUAGACAAGAGGAUACUGAAUUUAAUUGGAAAGAAAGAUACAAUAUUUGCCAUAUAGUGCAAUUUUGCUGGAAACGGAUGCAUAUGCCAUAGAGCGUAUGCUUAUUAGGUAACCCUGUAUUGUUAGCAAGACAGGUCACUUGCUUCUUUGAACUUUGCUCUUUUAAAUAGUUGUGAAAUGAAGAUUUGAAAACGUUUUUUAAAAAAAGCUACUGAGACAAACUUUAAGAGAUCCCUGAAAUCCUCCCAAAUCUUCUCCCGUCCCACACCUCCCAUUGUAAACUACCACAGCAGAGCUGAAGACAACUUAAACUUUAAUUUAUUCAGUAGUGUAUAUAACCCCCACUGUACUGUUUAUGUAGUGUGAUUUAGCCCCCGUAGUAACGUGGCAUAGCCAGAUGGACUUCUGUGGUUUGGCAGCUCUCUUGUAUCGUGCAGUACAGUUAACUUUUAUUAAGUUCAUACCUAACUGGACAUGACAGUGACCCAACAUCCUUCCUGUUGGACUAGUCCACCUUCUCCACCUCCUCGUUGGUCCAUCAGAGGGCCUGUAUGCCUGCUGACCUCUCUGCAACCAGGCGCUCGCUCAGCUCCCACAGGCUUUCAGCGCUGCUCUGGUCCUGGGCCUGGAUGGACGGCAGGCAGCGGAAGCAGUUGUUGAAGUACAUGCCGCCUAACCCUUCCAGCUCCUGCGCUACGGCACAGUACACCGUAGUGGCCGCCCCUUGUUGCUGGGGACAGAGAAACGCAAAGAAAGAGAUACGAGUUCAGCAGGCAACUCAUGAGACUGAGAUAACAAGGCAGCGUCAGCCUUCGGGAGAAGACAAAAUACAAAGAACCCAUUUACUGACUUAGACAUUAGGACGUGCCCUGUCCAGAGAAAGAACAGUGGACACCAACUACAUCGCUAUGUCCUCUACAUCUACACACCCUGACACAGAAAUAUAGACAGCAGGACAGAGUGUCAACAGGAAGAAUAAGAAAAAAUGACUCUACAAGCUGUCUCUCCCCUCUUUCUGCAGCCCAUGAUGACUGGGUCAUAUUGCCAUGGGAACAUCAUAACUCCAUCACUGUACAUAUAUUUAUAUACAUAAACAUAUAUUUAUUUAUUUAUUUAUUUAUUUAAGUACUCUGUGUGUACAGGACCUCUGGCUAUAUGGGACCAUAAGAAUGCUACAGAUGUAUAGACUCACAAUGGCGAAUGUGAGAACAUGAAAAUUACACCAGCUCCUGUAUGGAGGAAACUUAUGUAUAGUGUUAAAGAACAGGUUUUAUGCCAUGGUUAUAAAUGUAUAUUUUCACAUGUUGUGUAUAUGGGUUCAGCCAGGCUUUUAAAGUUGAGAAAAACUACUGGGAAUGAUGCAAGUACAAUUCUGUACCUAGGUGUUUAAAUCAGAAGCUAGACUAGAUAAGCGACAUUUUCGCAGACAGUACACACACACACACACACACACACACACACACACACACAUACACACACACACACACACACACUCACUCACUCAGUAAGCCCUCUUCCAUUUUUUUAAGGCAGGUUUAAAUCUGAAGAUCACUCAAGUCUCAACCCAUAAAUUGACUCUGACUCGUUUUAUGUUGUCAAGGCGAGAUGCGUCGUAAAAGAAAAACUGUAUUUAGACGCAAACUGCUAAAUUCUCUAAUACACCCUGUCCCAUCAGUCAGUAAUUAGUAGGGAUAUUUUUGGAGGAGGGAGACUUCUGUGACAUUUGAAAAUAAAAGUUGAAACUGCAGCAGAAUAAACACGUCAGAGAGAAUUACACACAUAACCCAACUGCUCAAAGAGGGAUCUUUCAUGUUGCAGCUCUGGCUAAAAGCUGCUGUGACAGCUUCCCUGUAAACUCCGGGGCUGGAGACAACUUCUAUGUGGCCACAUGAAAUGGCUUGCCUCUUUAUCUCCCAAUGAGAGGCAGCCAGAGUGAGAUGGGGGGCAGAGAGAGUGAGAGAGAACACUGCUGUGGAGGCUGAGAACUAAUGUUUAGCACAGAGCACUGGCACAUACUUAGCCAACCCCAUGUGUGCAGUAGUCAAACAUGGGCAAGACCCACAAACAUGCACACAUGCAUUAUGGAGCCACAUUACAUGCCCAAUGUUUGAACAGUUUCCUAAAGCGGCUGUAAGACAAACACACAUAAAGUGGAAAGAACCAUCGAGGUCUAAAACAUUUACACGUUCUCAUGCAAAAACAAAAAUGUGCACAUGAAUACAAAUACAAUGAACGAACUACACACACCAACCAGAUUCCAAGAAUUUAUUUUUCUCAUCAACACACACCAAAACACAGACACACACUCACACACACCCCCCUCUCAGCUCUUUGUAAACUUCUGCCAGGAGGAGCCCUGGUAUGUAACGUUGCAGCAGCAGAUUGAGUGUGUUUGAAGUGCAGUGUGAUGAGAGAGCUGGUAAACAGCAGAUGAAAAGGCAGCAUCUCCCUGUGUGCCGCUGUCUGUCUCACCUGCCAGUGGGGCGAUAACUUCAUCCACAUCACAUGUCGCCAUAUCAAAGGCAGACAAAUGCCAAGCAGUGUCUCUGAGUUGCAGGUUCACACACGCUCAGUUUAACUCAUCUCGCUUGCUUAGGGCAUCUGAUUUAGCUCGUCUGAGAGCUAAAUGCUUUUUAAACCCCACUGAAGAUUUCAGCGCCGCAUGCUCUGACUCGCUGACGCCCCCUUGAACUUGGCUGACUUUCAAUUCAGUUUGUUUGUGUUCAGUUACCAAACACUGGUCCUGCUGCUAGUUAAAAUAUUGAUAAAAAAUACACUGACUUUCAUAUUCCAGAUUUAUGUGGCGGAGUUCAUAAUCAUGUCUGCCAUAUUAUUAUUUUUUUCAAAAGUGCAAAGUCCAUAUCUUUCCUAGAAAAAAGCUGGGAUUCCAGAAAUGUGCUAUCUUAUUGGUGUUUAGCUCAUCCACCUCACCACUUGACCCUGUAACCUCUGCAGAAGAUAAGGCUGAUGAGAUUAGGCAUUAACAUGCUCAACCACCCACCACAGCCAUCUAUCAUUGUGUGUGUGUGUGUGUGUGUGUGUGUGUGUAUUUGCAGACAGGAGGCAAGGGGUGUGCGAGGUAGUGAGAAAGAGAACAAGAGGGGAUGUGCUGCAACAACCUCAAUACAUUACGCAAUUACACAUACACACAUACGGUACUCCUAUGUGCAUGCCUGAACACAAGCAUGUGCCUGCACACAAGCACGAACAGAUACGCAAAUAAACAUUUGGGACAAUCUACAUGAAUUUGGUAUUUCACUGAACCAGUGUGCAUCAUACACAUCUGUGGUGUAACAGCCAUUUCUAACCCAUGUGAAACUGUAGAUUAUGCCUGUAAAUGUAGCUGUCUACAAACUGAUGGAUUUUGCUGUGUGUCUUUCUAUCUUCUGCAACUAAAUGUGAAUCGUUUUCUUGUGUACAGUAGUAACAUCUGUGGUGUUUUAGAGUUGUUCUCUACUACCCAAAGCUGUAAACUUUGACUUGACUGACAGGAUGACUUGACAAGAGACUUUUGACUGGAUAACACAAACAUAAUAAAAUAAACAAUAAUAUUAAUAAUAAUAAUAAUAAUAAUAAUAUGUGGUAAUUUGCCAUGUUGCAGGUUAUUGCAAAGGUUUUGUAGCUGUAGUAAAUAAAGUGCAUUUACAUUACUUAUUCAUUGUGAUUAAAUUAAUGAUUGUCGGGUUGAACUGCCUAUUGCUGUGCAAUUGGCCUAUUCAGAAAGACAGUCAUGAGGAUCAAUCCACCUAUACACGUUUAUAGAUAUUUCUUAUUAUUCUUUAAAAAGGUCUAAUAAUUUGCAGAGGAUCCUUUGUGUCAACAAUGUCAAACAUUAUUUUAAAAGGUUUUGACUAGUGCCAUGCCAUUAAUUAGCACAGUCAACAUUCUGAGACCUGACUUGAGACUUGACCAGGACUUGUUUUAGAUUACUUUAGACUUCGCUUAAACAUUCCCCAAAAUAAAUGCAGCUCUGCUAUUACCACACUGAUUUGGGGAGGGGAGAAGAUGGGACAGAUAAAGUGCACCAAAACAGCCAUAAAUCUAUAAUGAUCAAUAAUAUAAAGAUUAAUGCUCCACAGCAAUAUGACAAACCAAAGGAUAACAAAAAACACACGCGAAUGCUGAGAAAAUACUUACAAAAAAACCUGCAAUAAGCUGACUGUGGAAAUACAGCAAUGGGUCAGCACUUAGCCUGGGAUCCACUACUACGGCUAACUGCUCUGGGAUCCGAUCCAAGUCUUCCAUCUCAGUAUCAACUCAAUACCCAUGGACCUCAUGGACUUGCAAUAGAAAUGUCCUUGUAUAGUGUUACGCAAUAAUCAGUGGCUGAAAACUCUGUAUUGAGCGUAUUCAAAAGCAAAAACGGUAUUGGAGAUGUGAUGUUGUUGAAUUAACAGUAAUGUUAUUUUGCCGUGUUCUGUUCUGUGUCUUCAUCAUCCAAGUUGUACUCAGCCAGAUGAGCUUUCUCCGACCCUAUGCAUGUGACCCUUCAGCCCCACAUCUGUAGUUAUAACAUUGACCUCUCCCUCUGACCUGGAUGUAAAUAAACCCAGUACUGUAGAACAGUCUGUUUUUGGCCCAUCCCUGUACAUACAAACUUGUAAAUACAAACAGCUAUGCAUGCUGAAAACCUAGCAAUUCUUUCAGGUACUUUUAUAAUCCCCAAAUUCUCAUAUGGCAUGUGCUGGACAAAUAAGAAUAUCUUAAAAAAAAAAGUAGAAAAAAAGAAAAGAUUAAAAAAAAAGUUUAAAAUAAAUGAGUUGAUAAUAUUGUCAGGCAAUAUCUCUCUCGGACAGUGUGUGUAGAGUCUUCCUGUUUUCUUACUCCUGUGGGUGGAUUUCUCUUCCUUUGCCUGUCUUCUGUGUUUCUCCUCACCAUCUGUGUCAGUUGUUGUCAGUUGGUAUUUGUACAGCAGCGAGGGUUGAGGCAGAGCAGAAAAGAGAGGGGGACGUUCACCAGCUGACCUCUGUGAUUGCACUCCAAUUCAGCAGCAGCAGUGCUUUAUGUUGGCAAAGCUAUUUAUGCCUGGGACACAAUCUCAAAAGUUUAGUUCCUAGCAUGAACCACCCAUCACUACAUCAUAUUCCCAUAAUUGUCAUGAGAAGGCCCUCUGGAUUUGCAGCAAGUCAAGAAAACGGUUUUGGUUGGAAUCAAAAUUAUUAAAAGAUUUUUUAUUUAUAGUUUUUGUAGCCUUCUUGAAGUUUGACACAGACAAGCAGCAUUCUGUGUACCCACUGUGUAGUUCCAUAAGAUAGACAAGUGCAGAUAAAUUCUCGCAAGUACUAUUAUACCCGGUUUUAGAGAAAGUCACAUUUUUUUGUUACAGAUUUCUUUUCUCAUAUAAGUGGUAAAAUACCUGGAUUCUCAAGGUACUUGAAUGAACUUGAUGAAUAAAAAACAUUUUCUACAAUUCAAUGUAAUAAGGCUACAGCAUGCAUUUGGAAAGUUUUUUCCUAGGCUUGUAGCACCAUGAAGGGAUCAGAAGGAGUGCAGUGUUUGCCUCAGCCCUCUGCCCAGCCUCGUGGACAAGCUAUCCUGAAAGUGGGAUUCCACAGGGAUUGUGAUUCUGUUUCAGAAAUGUUUUUUUCAGCCUGUGAUGUUUCAAAUAGAUGGAGGUGUCUGAUUUUUAAUCCGUGCUAAAGAUAUUUUACAUUUAAUAAAUAACCAUUGAAAUCAAAAAA